CAUUCCUGUCAGGGACACUCGUGCUCUUCUGUCGCCCGUUCCCCCCACUCCCGAGUGCGGCUCUUGGUUCGUUCUCCACAGCUCGCCCUCUCCGGACCGGCCCUGCCCGGGAGCGCUCGGAGCGGAUCCCUGUCCCCGGCACGGCGCUGAGCGAUCCCGCCGAUCCUGCAGCAUCCUCCAGGAUCGCUGGGCAGCCUCUGCUGAACAGAAUGACUCAGUGGUAUCAGCUGCAGCAACUUGAUUCCAAGUAUCUGGAGCAAGUUCACCAGCUAUAUGAUGAUAGCUUCCCUAUGGAAAUCAGGCAGUACCUGGCACAGUGGCUGGAAAACCAGGAUUGGGAACACGCGGCCAACAAUGUGUCAUUUGCUACGCUGUUGUUCCAUGACCUGCUGUCACAGCUUGAUGAUCAAUUUAGUAGAUUCUUGAUAGAAAACAACUUUUUGCUGCAGCACAACAUAAGGAAAAGCAAACGUAAUCUUCAGGAUAACUUCCAAGAAGACCCAAUACACAUGGCAAUGAUCAUCCACAACUGUCUGAAAGAAGAGAGGAAAAUACUGAACUGUGCCCAGGCAUCCAGUGAGAUGGAAGUAGGGAGUGUACAGAACACUGCAGCUGGGAUGCCAGACAAACAGAAGGAGCUUGAUGCCAAAGUUAGGGCUGUAAAAAGCAGUGUAACAGAUGUGGAGCAGGACAUCAAGACAUUAGAGGAUAUGCAAGAUGAAUAUGACUUCAAAUGUAAAACCCUGCAGAACAGAGAACACGAGUCCAAUAGUAUGUCUCAGGAGGAAUACAAGAAAGAACAGUUGAAUCUCCAGCAGAUGUUUUUAUCACUGGACUGCAAGAGAAAGGAGGUGGUGAAUAAGAUCGUGCAGCUGCUGCAGAUCACAGAGCACACACAGGCUGCCCUUAUUAAUGAUGAACUGGUGGAGUGGAAGCACAGGCAACAGACAGCAUGCAUUGGUGGGCCACCCAAUGCCUGCCUCGACCAGCUGCAGAACUGGUUCACCAUUGUUGCUGAAAGCUUACAGCAAGUUCGUCAGCAACUCAAGAAGCUUGAGGAACUGGAACAGAAGUUUACCUAUGACCCUGAUCCCAUCACAAAAAAUAAACAAGUUCUGCAGGACCGAACACACAAGCUUUUCCAACAACUCAUCCAAAGCUCCUUUGUGGUAGAGAGGCAGCCUUGCAUGCCAACACAUCCUCAGAGGCCACUAGUCCUGAAGACAGGAGUGCAGUUUACUGUGAAGCUGAGAUUGCUGGUGAAACUGCAGGAACUGAACUACAAUUUGAAAGUGAAAGUUUUAUUUGAUAAAGAUGUAACUGAGAAGAACUCAGUCAAAGGGUUCAGGAAAUUUAAUAUUUUGGGAACAAACACAAAAGUAAUGAACAUGGAAGAAUCUACUAAUGGAAGUCUAGCAGCAGAAUUCAGGCACUUGCAACUGAAAGAACAGAAAAACACAGGGAGCAGAACAAAUGAGGGUCCUCUCAUUGUAACAGAAGAGCUUCACUCUCUAAGUUUUGAGACACAGCUGUGCCAGCCUGGUUUGGUAAUAGACUUAGAGACCACAUCCCUUCCCAUUGUUGUUAUCUCAAACGUGAGCCAGCUUCCCAGUGGAUGGGCUUCUAUCUUGUGGUUCAACAUGCUGUCUACUGAUCCCAAGAACCUGUCCUUCUUUCUGAAUCCACCUUGUGCAAAGUGGUCUAAGCUUUCUGAUGUUCUGAGCUGGCAGUUUUCUUCUGUAACAAAGAGAGGACUUAAUGCAGAUCAGCUGAGCAUGCUGGGAGAGAAGCUCCUUGGGCCAACAAAUGGAGGAUCUCAGGAUGGCCUUAUUCCUUGGACAAGAUUCUGCAAGGAAAACAUAAAUGAUAAAAAUUUCCCCUUUUGGCUGUGGAUUGAGGGAAUCCUGGAGCUCAUUAAGAAACAUCUCUUGUGUCUCUGGAACGAUGGCUGCAUUAUGGGCUUCAUCAGCAAAGAGAGAGAACGUGCUCUGCUGAAGGAUCAGAGCCCAGGAACAUUUUUAUUGAGAUUCAGUGAAAGCAGCAAGGAGGGAGCAAUCACCUUUACCUGGGUAGAGGAAUCUCAGAAUGAGCUGCAGUUCCACUCAGUAGAGCCCUACACCAAGAAGGAGCUCUCUGCCGUGACCUUCCCCGACAUCAUCCGCAAUUACAAAGUGAUGGCAGCCGAAAACAUUCCCGAGAACCCCCUGCGGUUCCUGUACCCCAAUAUACCCAAAGACAAUGCCUUUGGCAAAUACUACUCCAGGCCUAAGGAGGCACCAGAGCCAAUGGAUUUGGAUGGUCCCAAGGGAAAUGGCUACAUCAAGACUGAGUUAAUCUCUGUAUCUGAAGUCCACCCUUCCAGGCUGCAGUCUCCAGAAAACCUGCUGCCCAUGUCUCCCGAGGAGUUUGAUGAGGUGUCUCGGAUGGUGGGCCCCGCCGAGAUCGACACUGUGGUACGUAUCAUGGACCAGCCUGGAGCAGGAGGGCCCAGCCAUAACUUGCUUUUCCCUUUUUUCCCCCUCCAGACAUACCUCAGACACUCAGGCAAACGCUCGAGAACGCAUCUCUUCACAAGCAUAGGAGAAGCUAGGGAUCCAGAGUCAGACUGGCAUUGCCGGCAGUUGUUUUUUUCCAUGUGGCUGAAGGGAGAGGGGUGAAGAACAGGAGAGCAAAGCAUCCUCUGUGUGCCUUGCAGGUGGAGGGAAGAUGGGAAGGGAGGAAGGAGUAUGCCUGUAGUACCUCUGGUGGGUCUGUGUGGGGAGGGCCCCGAGCAGGAGUGCAGUUUGGAAGAGCUGCCCUGCCAGUGCUGACGAGGUGAGGUAAUGCCUGUUAACAGAGCACUGCUGUCCUUGCAGGGUGUGCCUCAGGAAAACAAACAAAUUCGUGAUCCCCACCCUGAGCAGGUGAAUCCUAAGGUGUGGAUCAGGUGUGACAGGGGCAGAACGCUGUGGUUAACAAAGACCUGAGCACCAGGGCUGGGCCUGUGUAAUGGAGUUUCCUUUUCUCCUUGCAGAUGUGUACACACAUUCAGCUCUGAGCUUUGGCUGAGCUGUCCCUGCGUCAUUAGCACCAUUCCUCAUUAGCACCAUUCAUCAUUAGCACAAGCUUCACGCAUGCUAUGCUGCAGUCAGUGCCUUGGUGACAACGUUUCCCUUCCUUGGUUUCUCAGCCUGAAGGUCCAGCAGCACUCUUAGCUAAUGGGAACAUCAACAGCACCAGCCUGAGCAGCCUCAUUACAUGCUUAUCUUUGUUUAAUUAGCAAGAUACUGUGCCAGAGUGGAGGAAGAGGAAGGUGGGAAUGUGGGCUCCUUAAUGACAGUGAGGGGAGAAACAGGCAUUCAUUAUUUGAAGGAAUUAGUUAAAGUUUGAAACAGUUGACUGUACAUAGAAGGCUUCAAAGAAAAGCUGGUUCUUUUGCAGAGGUUCUGUUCAGAAAGCUUACACCUUGAAUUUUUGUUUGCAUCACAAAAGGGAAACACUCUACAGCUAACAUGCCACACCAAAUCCAUGUGCUGCUGAAGUUUGUUGUUCUUUUUUAGCUCUUCUGGCCAUGGCCCAUUGAGAGAGCAGAAGCCCAAAACGCUUCCCGCAUUUCAUUUUUGCAGUUUUUACAAGGCAUAAUCUUGUGUAGGAUGUUCAGCACAAUCUUUCUCAAAAAGAGCAUUUCUUACCUUCACCUUCAGGCUGCAUUGGCACAUGCUGAGCUUGCAGCCCAAGGUGUAUAAUCAUGACUAAAGCCUCUGCAGACUGCAGUCAUCAGACAAAAUCAGAACCUCCUGUUAGAAGACUGCAAAAGAGAUUAAGUAUGGUUUUAUUUACUGGGCCUAACCUGUCAAGGUGAGGAUGUGGUCUCCCCCUUAUCUUUAGCAAUAGUACAGACCCCACAUAGGUUAUAACAGGUGGAAUGGAACUCAGUUUUCUCAUGCAUUAUGAACCAGGGCAUUUACUCAACUGUUCAUUUGAAUAGCCAGAAGACUUUACAGGCUUAAUAAUGGAGUGGUUGUGUAGUUAAGGCUAAGGCUCGGGAAAGUGAAGAAGUUUCUCCAGAGCAAUGGCUGCAGGAUCUGCAGUACUGAAAGGAUGAAGCUGUGCUUCCACCAGAGGAGGAACUGGUUUGUUUCUCAGCACGUUUAAGGUGAUUAACAACUCUCAGUUGAGAGGCAGAGCUGUUCUAGGCAGCUGGUCCCUCUGUCUAAGGAUUACCUAUUAGUGCAGGCUGCCAAUUAGCACAGAGCUGAGCAGAGGGGCUGCAGAGCACUCGUGCUGCACCCCACCUGUCCAGGUACAGGAACAGCACAGCCUCUGGAGGGGGCCCUGCCUGACCAGGGGCUUGGACAAGGUGACCUCCAGAGGCCACUCCAGAGCCAGCAGCUGCUGUCUGGGAAAAAAGGGGCUGCUUCAGUUUGGUGUGUUGUGCCCAAGACAUCUGAUGUGCCCCCCUGCAAAAGCUUCCAAGAAAAAUUAAAGGACCUAGAGCAUGGUAACACAUGUAUUUAAAUGAAAGCACUGCAGACUGACCUAUUUUCAGUGCCCUGGGUUACUAACAGUGCUGCAGGCAAGUUUAUCUUACUGUAACUAGCUGAAUGUGUAUCUGUUGCUAAUAGGAAAAUCAAGUUGUUUAUUGAGCUGUGCUUUGUAUUCUACAUGUUCUACAUGUCAUUACUUUAGUACUUCACUUUUGUGGCACUCAAAGCCUUAUUUACAGGUUGGUCUUUCCAUAGCCAGUAGUUCUAGAAGCAGUGAUUUUUUCCUCAAUGGAAUAUUGUUUUAUAUAUUUUAAAUAAAUGGAACUGUGAGUUUCUACUUUUGUUCUCUCUCAUGUUAUGGCUAUUUCUAUUGUAAAGCAAAUGUGCCAGUCAGUAUUUUACUACUCUGUAUCUCAUUUAAACUUGUUUGUGCAACUAAAGAGUUACAGCUCUGAAGCCCAAGGCCGUAUUGAUGCUUUUAAUUCUCUGCAUUUUUGAAGUUCCAUCUGUGCUAGAGUUCUCAGAAGCUGGCUGUUAACUUUUUUUUUUCAUCGCUGCUUGUAUCACUUCAUUAAUUUGUUUCCAUCCCCACACAACCUUCAAUAAACUGAAUUUGAAUUUCUAA